AUGUGCGUCAGGAGAGAAGCGGAUGAGUACAUCAUGAGACACUGGUACAGGGACAUAGCACACAGCAGUGAAAAGGAUGAACUAGUGCUACACACAGAAACAUGGAUCCGGCAGAGGGCGCUUGGUGUAAAGGAGCACAUUGAGUUCCGCGACCUUCAUAAAGUUGUAGAACGUGCAAAACUAACUCAUGGUGACACAAGUCAGAGUCAUGGAGGAAAGGGAGGUCCCUGGAAGGGGGUGCAAGGGAAACCUUCUGCUAAAUACCUUGAUCACUUAGCUCAGGACGGUAGUGAUGUAGAGGCAUAUAUAGAACAGAAAAGGACUAGUGCCAAGAUUAAAAAAUUUAUCCAAGAAAACAUUUUUGGGAUCUGCCCUCACAUAACAGAAGACAAUAAAGAUUUGAUACAGGGCAAGGACUUACUUGUGGCUUACUAUGAUGUGGACUAUGAAAAGAAUGCUAAAGGUUCCAACUAUUGGAGAAACAGAGUGAUGAUGGUGGCAAAGAAAUUCCUAGAGGCUGGAAACAAACUCAGCUUUGCUGUAGCUAGCCGCAAAACCUUUAGCCACGAACUUUCUGAUUUUGGCUUGGAAAGCACCGCUGGCGAGGUUCCUGUUGUUGCUAUCAGAACUGCAAAAGGAGAGACGUUUGUCAUGCAAGAGGAGUUCUCACAUGAUGGCAAGGCUCUUGAAAGAUUCCUGCAAGAUUACUUUGAUGGCAAUCUGAAGAGGUAUCUGAAGUCUGAGCCGAUCCUGGAGAGCAAUGAUGGGCUGGUAAAGGUAGUGGUAGCAGAGAAUUUUGAUGAAAUGGUGAAUGAUGAAAAUAAAGAUGUACUGAUUGAAUUUUAUGCUCCUUGGUGUGGUCGCUGUAAGAAUCUGGAGCCUAAGAAUAAAGAACUGGCAGAGAAGCUCAGAAGAGACCCAAAUAUUAUCAUAGCCAAGAUGGAUGCCACAGCCAAUGAUGUGCCUUCUCCAUAUGAAGUCAGAGGUUUUCCUACCAUCUACUUCUCUCCAGCCAACAGGAAGCUAAAUCCAAAGAAAUACAAAGGUGGCCGUGAAUUGAGUGAUUUUAUUAGCUAUCUACAAUGAGAGGCAACAAAUCCCCCUAUAAUUCAAGAAGAAAAAACCAAGAGGAAGAAGAAGGCACAGGAGGAUCUCUAG